AAAUGGUCACACUUUGCGUUUUCGGCGCGAAAUAGUCCGCAUAUUUUUUUCAUCAAUUACAAUUUUUUCAUAAAGUGAUACAUAGACUAAGUUAAAUAAGUUAAUAACAUGAAAUGCAAAAUACCGGAGAUCUCGUGGCACAACCGCGAUCCAGUUUUGAGUGUGGACAUUCAGAUGAACGGACAAGGGCUGAGGUCGCCGACGAUUUGCCGACUCGCCUCUGGCGGAACAGAUGCACAUGUCCUGAUCUGGUAUGUAAAUCGGUGCGAUAAUGGAGAUGGCGUCGACUUGGAGCUGGCUGUGGAUCUGUCCCGACAUCAACGUGCGGUUAACACAGUUCGCUGGUCGCCCAAUGGCGAGCUGUUGGCCUCCGGCGAUGACGAGAGCGUUGUGUUUAUCUGGAAACAGAAGGCCGACCAUGAAGUCGUCAACAUUUUGGACGCCGAUGCAGGUAGUCAGCAGGAUAAGGAGUCGUGGAUGACGCUGAAAGUGCUGCGCGGUCAUAGAGAGGAUAUCUAUGAUCUGAGCUGGUCCCCGAAUUCGCAAUUCCUUGUGACAGGCUCUGUGGACAACACUGCGAUGGUGUGGGAUGUGUACAAAGGAAAAUCCCUGGCUAUUCUGGAGGAUCACAAGGGCUACGUGCAGGGCGUGGCCUGGGACCCGUGCAAUCAAUUCAUAGCCACAAUGAGCACCGAUAGACAAUUGCGUAUCUUCGAUACACACACCAAGCGAGUGCUGCAUAGGGUCUCCAAGUGCACCCUCCCAGUUAAGGAGGGCCAUGCAAUACAUGGGAAGAACAUACGGCUCUAUCAUGAUGGCUCAUUGCAGACUUUCUUCCGCCGAUUGUGCUUCACCCCAGAUGGCAAGCUGCUGAUCACUCCCGCGGGAAUCACCGACUACGAUGGCGUCUUAAAACCAGUUAACACCACCUACGGCUUUAGUCGUUACGAUUUAACGCGUCCGGCAUUUGUGCUGCCCUUUCCCCAAGAGUACGCGGUUGCUGUGCGCUGCUCUCCGGUACUGUACUGUCUGAGACCGUACAAUGUGGAUAAGAAUCCCCCAGUCAUCUCGCUGCCGUACCGCAUGAUCUAUGCCGUCGCCACCAAGAACUCUGUGUUCUUUUAUGACACCCAGCAGCCGGUUCCGUUCGCUAUCGUCUCAAAUAUUCACUACACUAGGCUCACAGACCUAACGUGGUCAAGCGACGGGACUGUACUGAUUGUUUCCAGCACGGAUGGCUUCUGUUCGCUGUUGUACUUUGAGAUCGAUGAAUUGGGCGAUCGCUAUGAGGAAAUGGAUGCAGUGCUGUGCGCUGCCUUGAAGAGUUCCGAGAAUGCUCCGCCGCCAAAGAAAAAGAAAGUGAGGGCUAGAAAGGUAUCGGCGGAUGAGAGACCCUCCACCACACGCAAACCAUUGCAGGAGAAGACCAAGCCCAAUCUCAAAAGGAAGACCUCUGAGUCAGACAUUAAGGAAGUUAGAGAGAUUGAUAUUGAUGCCGAAAAUGAUUCCUCCAUGCAUAGUGCCAGUUCGUCCAUCUCCACGAGCCCCAAGCAGAAGACGAAAGCAGAGGUAGAGGUCAAGCCAAAACCGAUCUCUUUUAGGCGUUCCCCUCGCAAAGUCACCGCAACGACCAUACCUGCACCGAUUGCAAUACGCCGUUCGCCGCGUAAGCCUGAAGAUUCGGAAGUUAGCGCCUCACAGAUCUCUGUCAAGCGCAAAAUUGGCUCAGGGACAACCGACAGUCAGACACCAACACCCAUUCCCAUACGCCGCUCACCACGAAAAACGGAGGACACCGAAGCCUUACCUAUAUCGGGGAAACGCAAGAUCAGUCCACUGAAAGAGCCUCCGACAAAGAAGCAUCUGACAACCAUCGAUGGCACUGCUGUUCUGGAUAAUAAAAUAGUAACACACUUACAAAUCCCCACACACCAAAUGCCCGAUAAGACGGAGGACUUGUUGGUUUCUGUAAAACGUAAGAGCAGCCCAAUGCCAGAGCCUCCAACAAAGAAGCAUCAGUCGGAUAUCGCAGGUAUUGCUGUUCUGGAUAAGGAGAUAAUCAGCUCUGAGGAGAAGUUCGAGUCGCCUGAGAAGAAAUGCCGUCCUGCUACCCCCAUUCAAGUUCGUCGCCAACCCCGCACUCCCGGAAGCUCCAGUAGCUUCUCCCUCACACCCAAGAGCCAACCCGCCAAAACAGCAACGCCCAUUGCAGUAAGGCGUACUCCCCGCGUACUGGUCGAAAUGCCUGUCAACUCUCCAGUGGCCCCUAUGGAAGAGGCUAUGGAUGCUUGGCCCCUCGAAGAGGAAAGCACGCCCAUGCCAACGUCGAUGAAGGAAACGUUGCCGGAGACAAAUGAGAAAGCAAAGAAUCCAGUUUCCAUCAGUGAGAGCACCUGUGAACACACGGAGGAUAUUCGUCUGGUCUAUGAGGACACCCAGGAGGAGGCGCAGACCCCUAUUAAAGCGACAGUAGCUAAACCUUCAACGCCCAACAGUAAGACGCCGAGGCGGGUCUCCUUGCGAACCAUCUCCACGCCCAAGUCGAAAAAGAAACUGCUGGAAUAGGCAGAGCAAUAGCUUAGUCAUAAAAGAAUUAUAGAAUUAAAAAGUUAUACCCAAAUUAUUAAAAACAAAAAAAUAAAACUCAAGGUACGGCAUGGAGAAAGACAUUUAUGUUAGUUAUAUGAGAAUAAAACAAAGAUUUCUUCUGGUACUGUGGAAAACGGACAUUGGAGAAAAACCACUUCAGAGAAUCUGCAGUCUAAGAGACCUGCCUCGGGGAACACUUUCUGAAGAACCCUCGUAUGUUCUUUGACAAAAUUCUGCAAAAUGUGUUUUUUAUAUCUUCCGCGUUCCUGCUUUAUGGCCUUUAAGUUUCUUACCUGACAAUAUCGAUAUUGGGCCAUAUGGA